GUGUGUGUGUGUGUGUGAGUGAGUUUUUUUUUAUGUCCGCUAUAUGCUUGCUGCUGCUCAAAAAAAAAAAAAAAAAAACUUCACCAUACCGAACAAAACCAUACACAUUUGUAGUGUAUAUUACCACCAUCAUCAUCAAGUAAAAUUCGAUUCAUUGGCUAAAGGCACUGCAUCAGCAUUUUGGUGUGGGUAAAAAAAAAAAAAAUUUUUCCUCUCUUUCUUCUCUCGCUUAUUUUAAUACCACAUUUACAAAAGUCGUGUGUGUGUGUGUGUGUGUGUGUGUGUUUGUGAAAACAAGGCUAACCAUAUUCGUUUCGUCAAAAUAUAAGAAAAAAUUGAGAUUUUUUUUAUAAUUAAAAAUUAUAAAAUAGUAAAUUAUGUCUAAUAAUGUUGAUGAAAGAUAUAAUGAUGGCUCCGAUGAAAGAAGCCAAAAUCAGGCAUGUUUUUCUAAUAAUUUGAUAAUUAAAAUAUAUAAUGGGAUUUUUUUUUCAUUUUUAAAGAUGUUCGCCGAUUCUUUUGAUCAUAUGGAUUUGAAAGAAGAACUUUUACGUGGAAUUUACAGUUUUGGUUUCGAGAAACCGUCCGCCAUCCAACAAAAGGCAAUCUUACCAUGUAUUUCAGGCAAUGAUGUUAUUGCUCAAGCUCAAUCCGGUACUGGAAAAACAGCAACAUUCGUUAUCUCCGUUCUUCAACGAAUUGAACAAAGCCAAAAUGAAUGCCAGGCACUCAUAUUGGCACCAACCCGUGAGUUGGCCCAACAAAUCCAAAAAGUUGUAGUUGCAUUGGGUGACUAUUUGAAUAUCAAAUGCCAUGCAUGUAUCGGUGGAACCAAUAUCUAUCAUGACAUUAGCACUCUUGAAGCGGGAACACAUAUUUUGGUUGGUACGCCUGGUCGUGUAUCUGACAUGAUUCAUCGAGGCCACUUGAAAACUGACAAGAUCAAAGUUUUCGUUCUUGAUGAAGCCGAUGAAAUGUUGUCACGUGGUUUCAAGGAUCAGAUUUAUGCAGUGUUUUGUUGUUUGUCUCCCGAUGUGCAAGUAAUAUUGCUUUCAGCUACAAUGCCUCCUGAUGUAUUCGAAGUAACGAGCAAAUUUAUGCGUGAUCCAAUCAAGAUUUUAGUUAAAAAAGAAGAAUUGACACUUGAAGGUAUCACGCAAUGCUUUCUACAUGUUCCUCGAGAUGAGGAUAAAUUGACGGCACUGACUGAUCUGUAUUCAAUUAUGACUGUCAGUCAGGCAGUAAUUUUUUGUAACACCAGAAAGCGGGUCCAUUGGCUUGCUCAGAUGCUCAAGGAACAAGAUUACACGGUUUCAUCAAUGCAUGGCGACAUGUCCCAAUCGGAACGUGAACUCAUCAUGCGUGAAUUCCGUAGCGGUUCUUCUCGUAUCCUCAUCACAACUGAUCUAUUAGCUCGUGGUAUCGAUGUUCAACAAGUUUCGCUUGUCAUUAAUUACGAUUUGCCUGUAAAUCUAGAAAAUUACAUUCACAGAAUUGGUCGAUCCGGUCGUUUUGGUCGUAAAGGUACUGCUAUUAAUCUUGUGACUACUGAAGAUAGACCAACCUUAAGCCAAAUUGAAGAAUUCUAUCACACCAGCAUCAAUGAAUUGACCGAUGAAAUCUUAGGAGCUAAAAAAUAGACAUUGAUUUCGAAUAUACAUAAAUAGCUCCAAGAAUUUUUAUCCAUAUUGUAUGUGGGUGUUUAUGUGUGUCAUUUUGAUUUUUAAUUUGAAAGCAAACCAUUCAAAAAUACCAACCAUUAAAAAACAAACAAAAUAAAAUUUAGAAACAACAACCUGUCAAUUCGUGGAUUCCGUCAAUAAUUACAUAAAUACUAUACAAACACAGAUAUACACACACACAUACCACAUUCAUAUACAGCUAUAUUAUUUUAAAAACAAACAAAAAAAAAUAAACAUAAUAAUUUUAACCAAUUUCUUGUGGAAGAGUGUGUGUGGCCAUCAUUUCUUAUUUGCUACUUUUUAAAUUAUAAUUAUUAAUUAUUAUUACAAUUUAUACUAUACCAGAUAUAAUUUGCUAAUUAAAUAAAAAAAAAUACAUUCAUCACAUA